AUAGUCGUCAUUUGAAACUAUUAAAACCUAAAAAACCCUAUUUCAACAAUCCAUCGCGAUAUAGUGUUACUAUCUCACUCUUCCACCACCACUACUAGCGCCGUUCCUUCUCUUUCUUUCGUUUCUGUCACAACAAUUCCAAAUGGCUUCUGAGAAGAAACUGUCGAAUCCAAUGAGGGAAAUCAAAGUGCAAAAGCUUGUACUCAACAUCUCUGUCGGUGAAAGUGGAGAUCGUCUCACCAGGGCCGCCAAGGUUCUUGAACAGCUUAGUGGCCAGACCCCUGUUUUCUCCAAAGCUAGGUACACCGUCCGUUCCUUUGGUAUCAGAAGGAAUGAAAAAAUUGCUUGCUACGUCACUGUUAGAGGUGACAAGGCAAUGCAGCUUUUGGAAAGCGGUUUGAAGGUCAAGGAAUAUGAGCUGUUGAGGAGAAACUUCAGUGAUACCGGUUGUUUUGGCUUUGGCAUUCAGGAACAUAUUGAUUUGGGAAUCAAGUAUGAUCCUUCUACUGGUAUUUAUGGUAUGGAUUUCUUUGUUGUCUUGGAGCGCCCUGGUUACCGUGUUGGACGUCGUCGCCGUUGCAAGGCACGUGUUGGAAUCCAGCACCGUGUCACAAAGGACGAUGCAAUGAAAUGGUUCCAAGUUAAAUACGAAGGAGUUAUUUUAAAUAAGUCCCAGGCAAUUGUUUAAUUGGAUCAGAUCAUUCUUCAGAGUUUUAAAUUUUGUUUGACUGUAGUUUGAUGUUUCUUGAAUCAGUAACUUAAAUUUUAUCAUCGGUAUGGAUAAUACAUUUUGUAACUUAAAUUUUAUCAUCGGUAUGGAUAAUACUUUUUACUUGUUAUGUAAGCUGUCUGUUUAUUUUUUUCUUAAUAUUAUCAAUUUUUGACAUCUA